CCUCUCUGUGACUCCGCGUUUAGGCUCCGCGCGUUUUAAAGUGAUGGUGUCCCCACAGGAUCAAAUUUCAGCGUCACAGCUGGGGACUGGCUUCGCGGUUCCUGAUGGGAGAGCAUGAGCAGGUGCUAUGUGCGACCCUGUUCUGGCCGGCCUGCCCCGAGACUCUGACUACUCUCUGCCCUGCUACUGCUCAUCUCCGUCGCCCUCCAACUUGUGUUCGCUUGACCACAGCAAGUGUGACAAGUACUGGGGUACUUCCUCAGACAAGAACUUGGACUAUACGAUUCACUGGUCCAGCACUCCAGAACCAGAGGCCUCGGGGCCAGCUGCUUCAGAGAACACAGUGACAAUUACAGACUGGAAGCCAGGGAGGGACUCAGGGCCUCCGUCGCCUGGGUCUCCCCACUCCCCCAACUCAGACUCACAGGAAUGCUGUAAUGACCAGGAACUUGUGAAGAAGCAUCCGAGUAUCACUAAGAAACCACUGGAGACCAGCUCUUCGAAAAUCAAAGGUAAGUCCACCAUGAUGAUUCCUGACACCCAGAAGCUCCUGCGAUGCGAACUGGAGUCACUCAAGAACCAGCUACAGGCCCAGACGAAGGCUUUUGAGUUCCUAAAUCACUCAGUGACCAUGUUGGAGAAAGAGAGCUGCCUGCAGCAAAUCAAGAUCCAACAGCUUGAAGGAGUCCUGAACCCCACGAGCCAGCAGACAGAGGGGAAAAAAUGGGACCUGGAUCAGGGACAGCGGGAGCUGUAUGCGGCCCUGGCGCAAGGCCUGAAGGGGCUACAGAAGACUCUGCGGGAGAGUGAGGAGGUGCAGAAAACCCGCACUACCCGCUACCUGCAGCUGCUGGCCCAGGAGAUCCGAGACAGCAAGAAAUUCCUGUGGGAGGAGCUGGAGCUGGUUCGGGAGGAGGUGACCUUCAUCUAUCAGAAGCUCCAGGCACAGGAGGAAGAGAUCACCGAGAACCUGGUGAACAUCCAGAAGGUGCAGAAGACCCAGGCAAAGUGCCGUAAGGUCUUGACCAAGAUGAAACAACAGGGGUGUGAGACAACCAACUGGCUGGAGACAGAAGAGAUGCCAUCAGGAGGCAAUGGCUCUUGGAGGAGUGACCUCCAGAAGGAGCUGAGUGACAUAUGGUCCGCCGUGCAUACGCUUCAGAACUCCUUUGAUGGCCUCACCAUGUCCUCGGGAAUCCGCCCCAAGACUGGGAGCCUCCGGGGCUACAAGGGGCACAGAUGCCUGAGUCCUCCGCUUCACUCUUGGGACUCGGACUCGGACUCGGACCAGAACCCUUCCCAGCCACCCUUCAACAAAAGCCGCUCUUUCCCACCAGCUUGAGCAGCCGGGUUGCUCUCCACGAAGACCCCUCCAGAGAGAAAAUAAACUAGCCGAGACCCUCCUCCA